GGACCUGCAAGGCUGCGUAUCUUGCAGAAGAGAUUAUGGAGUCGAUUCCGAUAAGCUGAAUCCCUUGUUUAUAUGUAUAUAUAAUCUCGGUGAGACCUUUGUUAGUGGUUGCCCAUGAACAAUGACGAUGGUGGAGGAGUGGGAUACAAGUCAUCGGAAGAAUUUUCCCAGCCAUGUCAAAGUCUCGAUUCCUCACAUUAAUAUUAGGGUUGACAAAUAUGUCACCUGAUUUCGACUGUAGGGCAGUAAACGGAUUGAGGAUCCCACUCGGGUCAUCGGAUCAAAAUUUCCGGUCCAAUAAGAUCGUGUACCGAUCGUUGGAUCAAAAGAUGGAUGUACGUUCGAUCCGAUGACGCGGCCCGGUUCGACUAAAUGGGUCAAAAUAGGACCAUGGGUUUUAACCGUGUCCUUUUGAUGCGCCUGCUCUCGACCUUGGAGAAACCAUCCAAAUCAUUGCGACGAUCACUCAUUUCGCGAACUCUAUAUAUAGAAGGGACGAAUUCUAGGACGCUGCGGUGGUGAUGGAGACGAAGCGCUUGAGGAGGCCGCAGCAACCGGCGCCCGCCCCCGAUUCGGAGAGAGAGGGGCCUUUCUGGGCCGCCUCCGCGGCGGCGGGGAGGAAGCCGCCGCGCCUCAUGCACCUGCACCCCUCGACCGCGCUCCUCCUGCUCGCCUCCCUUUUGCUCAUCUGCAUUGCCCUGUCCGGAGCCCACCGCAGCUUUCCGCUUGAUCGCCUUCGCGCAAAAGGAGGUCUAGAGAAUGGUACAUUUCCAUCCCUUGGUGGUCCAAAGGAUAGAUUUCUUCAUGGCUUGCUUGCUGCUGGGUUUGAUGAGCAAUCCUGCCUAAGCAGGUACCAAUCUGUGUUAUACCGGAAAGAAUCACCUCAUGUACCAUCUUCUUACUUGGUGGAGAAACUGAGAAACUAUGAAGCUCUCCACAAGAAAUGUGGUCCGAACACUGAAUUGUACAAGAAAGCAGUUGAGCAGUUGAAAUCUGAUCAUGGCACCCAAUCAACAGAGUGCAACUAUGUGAUAUGGAUAUCAUACAGUGGCUUAGGCAACAAGAUGUUGUCUAUUGCUUCAGCAUUUCUAUAUGCUCUCCUAACAAACAGGGUCUUGUUUAUCGACCGAGGUUUCGACAUGGCUGAUCUUUUUUGUGAGCCAUUUCCUGAAAGCUCAUGGCUUCUACCUCUGGAUUUCCCUAUCAAUGAGUUCGAUGCCUUUGACAUGAAGACACCCAAGAGUUAUGGGAACAUGUUAAAAGACAAGGUUAUCGGUAACGGUGAUGAUGGUACUUCAACGCACUCCCUGCCUGAUUACAUUUAUCUCCAUUUAUCUCAUGAUUAUGGUGAUUAUGAUAAGCUUUUCUUCUGCGAAGAUGAUCAGAGGUUUCUUAGAUUUGUCCCUUGGCUGUUGUUGAGAUCGAACAACUACUUUGUGCCAUCCCUCUUUAUGAUCCCAACAUAUGAAGAAGAACUAAAACAUCUCUUCCCAGAGAAAGACACAGUCUUCCAUCAUUUGGGACGUUAUCUUUUCCACCCUACCAAUUCAGUGUGGGGUUUGAUCACCAGAUAUCAUCAAUCUUAUCUUGCCAAGGCAGAUGAAAGAGUGGGCAUACAGGUGAGAACCUUUGAAACCGAUGCUGGUCCAUUUCAGUAUGUGUUAGACCAAAUUCUUGCAUGCACUCAGAAGGCAAAGCUUCUUCCCGACGCCAGUGGCCAAGACACUGUGGUUUCGACCCCAAAAACCAAAUCAAAAGCUGUGCUUAUGACUUCUUUGAACUCUGGAUACUCUGAAAACAUCAGGAACAUGUACUGGGAGCACCCUACAGUCACCGGUGAAAUCAUUAGUGUCUAUCAACCGAGCCAUGAAGGAUACCAGCAGACAGAGAAGCAAAUGCACGACAUGAAAGCAUUAGCAGAGAUCUAUCUCUUGAGCUUGACAGAUGCGUUGGUGACAAGCGCAUGGUCUACGUUCGGGUAUGUGGCUCAAGGUCUUGGUGGUUUACGACCAUGGAUCCUCUUCAAGCCCGAAAACCAUACGGCUCCUGACCCUCCUUGCCGUCAAGCCAUGUCAAUCGAACCUUGUUUUCAUGCCCCUCCCUUCUAUGACUGCAAGGCCAAGGCAGGUGCUGAUACAGGGGCUCUGGUCCCUUAUGUCAGGCAUUGCGAAGACAUGAGUUGGGGGCUUAAGGUAGUCGAUCAGAAUGAGUGGUAGCUCUUGACCUUCGGAUGCAACAUUCAUAUUUGUACACUCGAACAUUUCCUUUCUCUUUCUUUACAGAGACCCUAUUCAUGCAUAAUUUAGGUGUGUUUCUUGAAAGAUUAACGAUGUUGAAGAGGAUCGAUCUCGGUGA